ACAAUAUGGCCGAACACAUGUAGUGAGAGAAUAGUGUUGUCGCCAAUCUGCAAAACACUAGAGGAUUUUACUGAAUUUUUAACAUUUCAGAGUCGUUUUGAAAAUCAAAACAUGACAAAAUGGACUACAGUGAUGCUUGAGCAAGAAAGGUCUUGUCUUUUCUUACAAAACAAGAACACACAACGGAUUUGACCUGAAAUGAAGCCGACCUGAAAUACCGCCUCUCAUCUGUUCGAAGCGUUCGAGUGAAUCAACUGAAGAUCAGCAUGAACCGCAAGAAAGACAAGGGCUUUGAGAGCCCAAGACCAUAUAAACUAACCCAUCAGGUUGUCUGCAUAAACAAUAUCAACUUUCAGAGGAAGUCUGUCAUUGGUUAUGUGGAGCUGACUAUCUUUCCGACAGUGGUAAACCUGAACCGCAUUAAACUAAACAGCAAACAGUGCCGAAUCUACAGGGUCAGAGUAAAUGACCUUGAGGCUCCGUUCAUUUACAACGACCCCACGCUGGAGGUCUGCCAUCAUGAGUCCAAACAGAGGAACCUGAACUAUUUUUCUAGUGCUUGCACAGCAGCAGUCAGUGCUGUGGACCCAGACGCUGGGAAUGGAGAGCUUUCCAUUAAAGUCCCAUCAGAACUCUGGAAGCAGGGAGAUGAGAUGAAAGUUCUGAAGGUGUACAUUGAGUUCUCACUGGAUCAGCCGAAGGGAGGACUACACUUUGUGGUACCUGAUGUGGAAGGAAGUAUGGCAGAAAGAGCAGCACACGUCUUCUCCUUUGGCAACCAGAAUUCCACACGGUUCUGGUUUCCGUGUGUUGACUCAUACUCAGAGUUGUGUACAUGGAAGCUUGAGUUCACAGUGGAUGCCUCUAUGGUGGCAGUGUCCUGUGGGGAUCUCAUGGAGACGGUUUAUACACAUGACAUGCGCAAGAAGACCUUCCACUACAUGCUACCCAUCCCCACUGCGGCCCCUAACAUCUCUCUGGCUGUGGGGCCCUUUGAGAUUCUGGUGGACCCGUACAUGCAUGAGGUGACUCAUUUUUGCCUGCCUCAGCUCCUACCUUUGCUGAAACACAGCAUGUCAUACCUGCAUGAGAUCUUUGAAUUUUAUGAGGAGAUCCUCACCUGUCGUUACCCGUAUUCCUGCUUCAAGACGGUCUUUGUGGACGAGGCUUAUGUGCAGGUCUCAUCAUAUGCCUCCAUGAGUAUAUUCAGUACCAACCUCCUGCACAGCGGUUUGAUCAUAGAUCAGACCCCUCUCACCAGGCGCUGUCUGGCUCAAGCUCUGGCCCAGCAGUUCUUUGGCUGCUUCAUCUCUCGAAUGUCCUGGUCUGAUGAGUGGGUUUUGAAGGGAAUUUCAGGAUACAUUUAUGGCCUCUACCUGAAGAAAACUUUUGGAGUCAAUGAGUAUCGUCACUGGAUCAAGCAGGAACUGGACAAGAUUGUGGACUAUGAGCUAAAGAUUGGUGGAGUCCUGCUACAUCCCACCUUCUCAGGAGGAAAAGAAAAAGACAAUCCAACACCCCACCUGCACUUCUCCAUCAGACACCCCCACACAUUGUCCUGGGAAUAUUAUAAGAUGUUCCAGUGCAAAGCCCACCUGGUCAUGAGGCUCAUUGAGAACAGGAUCAGUAUGGAGUUCAUGCUGCAGGUGUUUAACAAGCUCUUGAGUCUGGCCAGCACUGCAUCGUCCCAGAAAUAUCAGUCUCACAUGUGGAGCCAGAUGUUGGUAUCCACCUCGGGAUUCCUCAAAUCCAUCUCCAACGUGUCAGGAAAGGACAUCGGACCCCUCAUCAAGCAAUGGGUAGAUCAGAGUGGGGUGGUAAAAUUUUUUGGCAGUUUUGCCUUCAACAGGAAAAGAAAUGUCCUGGAACUAGAGAUCCGUCAGGACUACACAUCAUCUGGAACUCAGAAAUACGUGGGCCCCAUUAAGGUGACAGUACAGGAGCUUGAUGGGUCUUUUAAUCACACCCUGCAGAUAGAGGAGAACAGUCUUAAACAUGACAUUCCCUGCCACUCUAAAAGCAGAAGAAACAAGAAGAAAAAAAUCCCUCUGAUGAAUGGAGAGGAAGUUGAUAUGGACUUAUCAGCCAUGGAUGCUGACUCUCCUCUGCUGUGGAUCCGAAUCGACCCGGACAUGUCCAUUAUGCGGAAGGUUGAGUUCGAGCAGGCGGAUUUCAUGUGGCAGUAUCAACUGCGGUAUGAGAGGGAUGUGGUGGCCCAGGAGGAGGCUAUCCACGCACUGGAGAAAUUCCCCACACCGGCCUCACGACUCGCUCUCACGGAUAUUCUAGAGCAGGACCAGUGCUUUUAUAAAGUCCGCAUGCAGGCCUGCUUCUGUCUGUCUAAGAUUGCUAAUUCUAUGAUGAGCACUUGGACUGGCCCCCCAGCCAUGAAGUCUCUCUUUACACGCAUGUUCUGCUGCAAGAGCUGCCCGAAUAUCGUCAAGACCAACAACUUCAUUAACUUUCAGAGCUACUUCCUGCAAAAGACUAUGCCUGUGGCCAUGGCUUUGCUUAGAGAUGUCCAGAACCUUUGUCCCAAAGAGGUCCUGAACUUUAUUCUAGACCUCAUCAAAUACAACGACAACCGGAAGAAUAAGUUUUCUGAUAAUUAUUAUCGUGCUGAGCUGAUUGAUGCCUUGACAAACUCGCUGACACCUGCAAUCAGCAUUAACAACGAGGUUCGCACGGUUGACAACUUGAACGCAGAUGUCCGUCUGAUCUUGGAGGAAAUUACUCGCUUCCUUAACAUGGAAAAACUGCUGCCAAGCUACCGUAACACCAUUACUGUCAGUUGCUUGCGGGCCAUCCGCAUGCUACAGAGAAACGGCCACAUUCCCAGUGAUCCCAGUCUGUUCAAAUUGUAUGCUCAAUACGGCCACUUUGUGGAUGUGAGGAUUGCAGCACUGGAGGCUGUAGUAGACUAUACCAGAGUUGAUAGGAGUUACGGCGAACUGCAGUGGCUUCUGGAGCUGGUGCAGAAUGACCCAGUCCAUUACAUAAGGCACAAGAUUCUAAGCAUGAUGGCCAAGAAUCCACCUUUCACCAAAGCAGCAGAUUCGCCAUUGUGUAAUGAAGCUUUAGUGGACCAGCUGUGGAAGUUGAUGAACUCAGGUACCUCUCACGAUUGGCGUUUGCGAUGUGAUGCAGUGAAUUUGUACUACACUCUUUUUGGACUGACCCGGCCGUCCUGUCUGCCACUGCCAGAGCUGGGUCUUGUACUGAACCUGAAGGAGAAGAAGGCCGUCCUCAACCCCACCAUCAAAUCUGAACAGGGCCCUGGAGGUUCAGAGGUGACCCCGACCAUGACCUCCACCAGCACUCUGGAGGAGGAGCAUGUUGUCAUGGAACCAGCUAUGAGUGGCGUUGCCAUGGCCCCACAGGGUUUAAAGAGGAAGGCGGAGACUCCGUUAGGUUCAUCUCCUGAACCGGGACAGGUGAUGCAAGAGGAGCCCAGUGUUAAAGUAUCUGUGAAGAGCAGGUUCCCCACACAGGAGGAGGAAGAUAUCGAUAUGGAAACAGUUCACGACAGCCAGGCAUUCAUCUACCACCAUCUGAACAUGCUGGAGAGACCUUCAACUCCAGGUAAAGAACCAUCUUCAGUGGAGCAGCCCAUGUUGUCCAUGCCAGGAACACCCAUGCCCAUAUUGAGCAAGGAGAGCAUGUCCUCCAAACAUGGAGAUCACCACCACCAUCAUCAUCACCACCACGAACACAAGAAGAAGAAGAAGAAACACAAGCACAAACAUAAACACAAACACAAGCAUGAGAGCAAAGAUAAAGACAGAGACUCUCGUGCCUUCAGCAACAGCCCUGCUAGUGGUCGUUCCAUUCGUUCUCCAUCUUUAUCUGACUGAAAAUACACAUUUUAAGCAUGUUCGUGGUUCGUUUUUUUUUU